UUCAAACAAUAAAACACCUCAAAAACCAUUGGUAUUUCUCUUACGUGGAUUCCCAUAAUCCUUAAAUGCAACGCUUUAGCUUCUUUGAGAUAGCGUACACGAUUUUCCUAGUUUGUGUAUAUUAGCUUGCAGCCCUACAAUCGUAAGAUAUCCUAACAACAAGUGUAGGCAGCGUUAAGGGUUAACGGUAAGUGACAGAAUAACUACAUUAAAACCUCUAAAUACGUUAAAAAGCUAUUAUAAACACCGUGUCCGUGUUUAAAGGUGAGCUGUAUAUGUGUCCUAACUAAUUAUUGGUAAAAUAAAAGUUUAUUUCGCCGUAUUUUCGUGUUUUUCCAGUCAUUGACUACAUUUCCCAGGAAGCUUUGCGGCAUCACUUGACGCUCAGCUGGUCCCACAUGACAGUCAUUGACUACAUUUCCCAUGAAGCUUUGCGGCAUCACUUGACGCUCAGCUGGUCCCACAUGAUAGGUAUAUCCAGACAUCCCAGCUUCUGCAGAAACAAGUCAUAACCGGUCACCUAUAGUAUACUUUGCUAAUAACAUAAUAGUUACCUACAACUCACCGGGGGAACAGCACGCACAGUCAUGGCCCCUUCUGCUGAUAAACAACUGACCGGUCUAGUUGCUGCCACGUUCACUCCAUUGACCACAGAAGGUGAAAUCAACCUAUCAGUGAUUGGACCUUAUAUUGAUUACUUGACAGAGAAACAAGGUGUAAAUAACAUAUUUGUGAAUGGCUCCACCGGAGAGGGCCUGUCUCUCACUGUUGAAGAGAGGAAGACGCUGGCAGAGGACUGGUGUGUGAAAGCCAAGGACAAAAAGGUUCAGGUGAUUGUGCAUGUCGGCUGCAUGAGUCUCAAAGAUUCCCAAGAACUGGCUCAACAUGCAGAGCAGAUCGGGGCUGAUGCGAUAGCAGUCAUGGCCCCCUUCUUCCUCAAGCCUAAAAAUGCAGAUGUGUUGAGGUCGUACCUCCAGGAAGUGGCUUCAGCUGCCCCAACUCGGCCCUUCUAUUAUUAUCAUAUUCCAGCUAUCACUGGUAUUAAUGUGCUGGUGAGAGAUUUGUUGGAGGGUAUUGAUGAGCUCAUUCCCACGUUCAGAGGCGUGAAGUUCAGUGCAACUGACCUGAUGGACUUUGGCCAGUGUGUCAGCUACAUUCAGCCUAACUGGUCGCUCCUCUACGGCGUGGACGAGCAACUGCUUGCAGGUCUGGCUAUGGGAGCCGACGGAGCAAUUGGCAGCACGUAUAACUACGCAGGAUGUCAUAUAAACAAGCUCAUAGCAGCAUUUGAGAAAGGCGACCUUGUCCAAGCCCGGACAAUACAGUUCAGGAUGCAAGAGAUUCUCCGUUUUGCCAUCAAGCUUGGUUUUGAUAUAGGAGUGAACAAGCAGCUGAUGAUCGUGCUGUCCGGCUUGAGUCUCGGUCCCCCUCGACUCCCUGUGAUGCCGUGUCCUCAUGAUAUCGCUGUGUCCAUCGCACAGAAAUAUCGCCACAUUUUUCCUGAAUGCUGAUUCUGUAUGUUCACACUGGGUUGUUGAAAUACCUAAACACAACACAUUUAUACUUUGAAUCAAACCUUACUCUAAAAAUAUCAUCUUUUUCACGGGUCAAUCUUUUCCUUCAACAGGGAAAAAAAAAAAAUUGUUACAUUUUCAGCUGGAUAGUUUUUAAAAUCCUGCAUAUUCUUGAUAGUUUCUUUAAUCUCAGUGUUUCAUAAAGUGUAAAAACUCCAAUUACUCAGGGGAAUGUGGUACUGUACUGCAACCAGAGACUGCCUGUUACAAAUCAGCAGUUUAUUAGCUUCUUAUCCUGUACUGUGUAAACUGAAUCUCUUUUUGAGGAGUUUGAGCACGCUACGCCUUGUUUUGUACGUCACGUUGCAUUCAUAGAGAUUAAAAAUGAUCACAGUGAACUAUUUCAAAAAUGUCAAAGCUUCGCUACUGCAUUGUUUUUGUUCUACAGGUUUGUAGAAUGUUUUGCCUCCAUCUAUAAUCGCCACCAGUGAAAUGAAAGUUGAACAUUUUAUGAUUGUUUUCCUACUUUUGAAAAAUCACAGUUGGGGAAAAACCCCGACCUUAAGCUGACUCCAUCAGAGGGACGACAAAAGAGACGUAAAGGGCAUUGAUAUGAACACUGUUUCAUGAAAAAAUGAACACUCCAGAAAAGGGAAUAAAACCUCCAAGUUGUUAAAAGGGAGCAUAAAACACUCGCAAAUGAGAUUCAGCCUUUGAGGUGGAAUUUUUGAAUUAAAAGUUUUUAUUAAAUGUUCUUAAUGACUUAUUAAAGGGAAAUAUACUGUGUAAUGAAGUAUUUUUGCUUUGUAUCGCUAUAACAAAUGAUCACUAAUUUCUUACUAAUAAAUGCGUUGAUACA